CCGUCUAAUAACAGUGCUGCCCACACCAGUGAUAAAAUUUCAACCUCAAAAACAAACAAGCAACAAAACCCUAUUUUGGAUAUAUAACUACUCUACUGUGGCAAAGCCGAUUCUGCAGCAACAAGCAAUACGGUCAACCGGAAAAGUUGGUCUGUAAUAAUGGACACUGACGUUGGCGAUGGUGAUAGGGUCGAGGUAAUGAAGGAGGAGCUAAAGGGUGGUCCAGUCACUGAUGUAACACUAGAUGUAGCGGAAACGUCUGUCGGAAUGGUUGAUGAUGGAAUUUCGGAUAGGGAAGACAGCGUAGCGGUAGAUGACGGCAAGGUUGCGUCUGAUGCCAAGUUGUCUGUAGCGGUCGCUGCAUUCGUGGUCGACGCCAAGGUUGUUGAUGACAAUAUAUUUGGCAAAUCCGUCGCGACGGAUAUGGAAGUGAGGUCCGAGAUCGGGGUCGAGCUGAAAGAACUCGUACUCUGGCUUGCUUGGAUGGAAGGGGGUCCGGACAUCGUGCUUGUGACCAAGUCCGAAGAAGGUGCUUGCGUGAUUGAAGAGGCUGGAUUUGAGACGGAAUUGACAUUGCUUGUCAACGAGUUUGAAGUCGAUGCUGAGGUUGACGAUGGAAAUAUAGAAGAACUGCUGGUAGGCUCUGCGCUUCCAGAGGACGCAACAGUCGUACCAGCGAGAGAUGUUGUACUCAAAGAAAAGGUGCUGUUCGUCAAUGAAGUACUGGUACUUGGCAGUAGACUUGUCAGGAGGUCCGAGAAUGUGCCGCUCGAAUUGGAUGUCGAAAACGUUGUUGAGUCAGAAGAAGUCAAUGUCACGAGCGUGCCUGUACUUGAGAGCAGUUCAGUCGUCGAGCUGCUGCUCAAAGUCGGGAUGUCUGUGGAUGAUAGAGAGGUCGCCGACAAGACAGACGUCACUGAAAGGGAGCUUGUUGAUGAUAGAGAGCUCACGGAUGAGACAGAACUGGUUAAAGAUAAGGAAGAGGUCGAUAGCGUUGAACUUGAACUUGUAGGAUACGUCGAGGAGUUAGAAAAUCUCGUUGAGAGAGUAGUCGUGGAAAUUGAGCUGCUGUCAAGCAGUGUCGUUGAAGACGUGGAAGUCGUUGAGCUUAGAUCUGAAGAAGAAAUUGAAGAAGAAAACGAGUUUGUUGGAUCAGUGAACAUCGUUGGUUCAGUACUUGACGUAGUGGUAUCGGCAGCAGACGUAGAUGAUGUGAGGAAAAAUGAAGAAGUUGAGGAGAUAGUCGUAUUUGCGAAUGGCCCACCGGUUGAUGUUGAAGAGAGCUGUGCGCUACUGCUGACUUCGAUGUUGGUGUUCGUGAUGGACUCAGAAGAAGUGAAAGAUGACGUCGGAGUCGCGGUCGAUGGCAAGGUCAACAAAGAGCUUGAUGAGCUUGAAGAGGUUGAAGUCGAUAAGGAAACUAACGUUGUCGAGAAAAAGGUGGGCUCGGAUGAGGUAGAUGAUUGGAAGGACGAUAAGGGAGAGGAGAAUGAUGAAAAGGAGGGUAAGGAUGAAGUUGAUGCUGGAUCAGAAGCUGAAGAGGAUAUUGAUAGGGAAGUUGAAGAAGAACUCGAGGAGGAGGUUAAGGAUGUAUCUGUUGUGAACUCUGAGCUCGUUGGAGAAAUUGAAGAUUCCGAAGACGAGGCCGACGAUAAAGUCAAGGAUGAGGCUGGAUCAGAGGCAGAAUAA